AUGCGUACCCAAAGAAAUCCAAAGCAAAAUAAUAUAUCAGAUUAAACUAUAGAAUCUCAGCAACAAUUCGAUGAUUCUGAUACUUAUUCUGGUAUAUUAGGUAAAAGGGUUAGAAACGAGACCUCUACUGACGACCUCAAAGCUGAAAUAGAGGGCUCAGUUGAUAAUAGUGAAGAUGCGGGUCUCGACAGUAGCGAGCGCAGAGAAAGAAGACUCCAGCAAAACAGGAAGUCUGCCAAGAAAUGCCGUCUCAAGAAAAAGGAAGAAUUCUCGAAUAUGAAAGCUGACGUAAUGGCUCUGCAAGAAGAAAACAAGACUUUGAAGGACAAGAUUAAUGAAAUAACGAUAAUGCUUUAUCAAAAGAUGGAGGAGAAUACAAGCCUUCAGCGCAAACUAGAGACAGCCCAAACCUAACAGAUGAUGUUCAUCACGUAAAUGAUGAGCUAAUCUGGCGCAUCUAACUAACAAGCACAUUCCCAGCAAAUGGGUGCUAUGGGGCUUGGACUUCCCGCUUAGUAAUCAGCUCAGUCAAUGAGCCCGGGCAUUCAGAGCCUUUACCAGAGCAUUAUCAGUCAAGGAGGGAAUAGCAACAGUUCAAGUGUCAUGCAAAAUUUGACAUUAUAGAACACUCUAAUGCAAUUACUCAACCCUCAAGGUUAGCAAAUGCAAUCAUAAGCUACUGCUCAUUCAGAUUCAACUAAGUCAUCAAUGUCGUCAUCAUCGGCAAGAGAUCAAAAUUCUUCAAUGGGAUCCCCUAAAGGUCAAAUUUUGAAUGGAUUAAAUAUCCCAAAAGGCUGUAUUAACCUAGGCUUAGGUUAAAAGCCUGUCCUCCCUAAUAUUGACGAGGAUAAUUCCCGUGUAAACCUCCUAGCUCUGUUGAAACAGCUAAAUCAACGUAAGUCUAGCGAGGAGGCCCAUAAUUUUAAUCUGCUUAGCAAUCUCGUUUCUAAAUCCGAGAGAAAAAUAUCAAUGUGA